AUUGCCACUGUCCGGGGUGGUUGAAAUUUAUACGUUAUUGUUAAAGUGAAAGUGAAAACAGUCAAUAUGAGUCGAAAAUCUUACAUAGUUCUCGCUGUUGUAAUUGCAAGUUUUUGUGCGGUGGUUGUAAAUGGAGACGAAACAUGUGACGCUGCAGGCUUAAAUUGUCGUGAUGGCGAAAACUAUCUCCUAACAAAUGCUCAGAAUAGUCAUUUUCAUGAGAAAUCACAAACCAAAAUGGAUCUAUUGUACUCGUCACCAUUAGCACUGACUUUUCAAUACUUGAGCCGAUGGUUUUAUAAGGAGACGCCCGUUAGAAGUCUGUUCAAAGAAUUUUUCGAGGCAGACCGAAGGAAUGUCGAUCUGGGAUGUGACGCUAAGAAGGAUGAAGAGGAGGAUUUCGAUUUUAUUGUUGUUGGAAGUGGCUCGUCUGGUAGUGCCGUAGUUCAUCGCCUUGCCAUGGACAAACACAACUACAAAGUUCUGUUACUUGAAGUCGGUGGUAAUCAGUUUCCCUUGUCUGGUGUUCCUGCUCUCCUUUUCGAACUUUUAAACAAUCCAGAGAUCGAUUGGUCAGAUGUCAUUGUACCGCAGAAAGGGGCUUGUAAAGCAUUCAAAAAUGAUGGAGUUCGUUUCCAAAGAGGCAAAGGCAUCGGCGGUUCACCCAAUUUGAAUUGGAUGGUGGCGAUGCGUGGUAAUCCAAAUGACUUCGAUCGAUGGGCUAAUGAAUCUGGCGAUCCUCAAUGGAAGCAUAAGAAUCUCCUGCCAUUCUUUAAGAAAAUGGAGACAUACAGAGGCGACUUCCCGAUCGAUGAUUUCCAUGGUACUGAUGGCCCGUUAAAUGUUGAUGCAAACCGUUUCGCACCGUUGCACGAAGAAUGGAUGGAAGUAGGAAAGGAAAUGGGUUACAAGGUUAAAGAUCCGAACGGCGAAGCCCAAGACGAAUCAUUUUUCCCAUUCGUAUUUAGCAUGAAAGAUGGCACAAGAUUCAGUGUACAGCGAGCUUAUGUAUAUCCAGCAUCUAGACGUCCGAACCUAACCAUUCGACCCUACUCAACCGCAACAAAAAUUGAAUUCGAUAACUCAAACCGUGCAGUUGGAAUUCAUUACGAAACCGUUAAAGCGGAUGGAACUCGUGUGAAGCGAUAUGCAGGUGCUAAAAAGGAAAUUAUUUUGAGUGCGGGCGUUUUCGGAUCGCCAAAACUUCUAAUGCUUUCUGGUAUCGGACCAAAAGAGCAUCUAGAAUCGUUGGGCAUUCCAUCGAGAAUUGAUUUACCUGUCGGACAAAAUCUCCAAGAUCACGCCCUAUUUUUCAUUGGACCAUUCUCCAUAGAUAAAAGCAAGACGGCCAGGCCGAACUUGGAUCGGGAUUUCAACGAAGAUACUCUGCACGAAUACGUAAACCAGAGAACAGGACCAUUCGCUGCUAGUGGAUUUGGGUUAGGUGGAGGAGCUUUGAUCGCCAGUUCAUUUGGCACUGAAUCAUGGCCAGACCUUUACUACAGCUUUAUGAGCAUGAAGAUGAAACCGGACACAGCUGACUUCUUCCAAAAAACUUUCGGUUUUAAGGAUGGAGUUUUGCAAAAAUAUUUCGCCCCCAUUGUUGGAAAGGAUGCGUUCUUCCAUGUCUUGUGUUUGAAUCUUCCAAAGACUGUAGGAGAAGUUAAAUUGAGAAGCAAAAAUCCUCACGACACUCUUUACAUCGAUCCCAAUUAUCUUGAUCACGAAGAUGACGUCCAGUCUGUGCUGGAAGGCGUUAAGUUUGCCUUGAAAAUGACGAAGACAAAGGCACUGCAAAAGAUCGACGCCAAAUUGACUCCUGCAUUGUUCCCCGGUUGCGAGUCUCAUGGAAACGCGGACUAUGACAAUGACGGCUACUGGGAAUGUUUCUUCAGACAUAUGACACAGACGAUGUGGCACUACACAUCAACGGUAAAAAUGGGAAGUGGACCGAACGACAAAACAUCUGUGGUUGAUUCGAAUUUGAGGGUUGUGGGAACCAAAGGACUUCGCGUUAUAGACAAUUCGAUUCAACCGAAAGUUGUCACAACGAAUACUAACUUACCAGCGAUUGUUAUAGGUGAAAAGGGUGCUGACCUUGUGCUGAAUACUUGGGCCUAACCGCCUUACAAAACUUUGUAAUAUUGUAAUGAGGAAAAUGAAAUGUUCUAAUUUCAGUUUUCAUAGAUUUGAGUUUUAAAAUAAUGUUGAAAUAAAAUUUGAAGUUCAA